UGGGCUUGCAAGGAACCAAGUCGGGUCAGUACGGUGGUUGACGUCGCGCGGACUGACGUGUAGCAGCGGCAGGAACGGAAAGGUGGGGCAAUUGUUCGCUCAGCCAGUGUCGUCGUGGGAACAACCAGUCAGACAGAGGCGACGCGGCGAGAGGAGCUGACAGCAGUUCACCUAACAAGAGCAAUACGAAUUACAACAUCAGUACGAGAGGAGGAGCUCUAGGGUGAAGAGGAGAGGGGCUGUGUUCUACCAACUCCCAAAGUCAAGAGGUGUUGAGGCAAACUGGGAGAGAGAAAUAGUCAAGUACCUUCAGAGCUUCGGCAGGAGAUAGCAGCACCAACUCACGACAACGACACACCUUAAAAACUGACGUGUGAGCGAGAAGCUGGCAGAAGGAUCAUGAGAGAAGAGAGAUACAUUACACACUUGACGAUGUCGAGAUUCGCCCUUUUCUUCUGCCUUCUGGUGGUGACGUCAUCCUUAGCCAAGACUGCUGAUGUGGCUGACGCAGAGACCAGUACCUCCACCAGCAGCUUCCUGACGAACAAGCUCCUGACACAGCUGCUGGGGGAGAACCUGGGAAUGGAGAACCUGUUUUCUCUCUUCAAGAAACUGCCAGGAGACGUUGACGGAGGAACAGUUGUUGAUAAAUUUAAGUCCCUUCUGCUGAAGCAGUUGCCGGACUUCGAGGCUUUCAGUAACGUGGUAGCAGACGGUGUGGGGCUCAACCAACACUUCCUGAAGCCCUUCGUCAAGAUUGUGAGCAACAUGGGCAAACUAAGCAAGAAGAAGCCAUUAAAUUCCAAGAGCGAUAUCGAUGCUGUAUUUGAGUUUGUCGGUCAGUACAUUAACACAGACGACGAGGAUGACCCAGAGGACAACAGCGCCGCCGAAGAUUUUUCCAGUGAAGCAACUGAUGACGAUGACUCGAACACCACAAAUGACAUCAAUAUCAAGUUCUUCGACCUGGCCAAGGGACUCUUGGAGAGUAAAUUCGGGAACCUCAGCACCGUCAUUGCGUCCUCAACUGUUGACCAUCCAACAGAGUUAUCAAGCCUCAAUCUGACCUCCUCCAACGUGUGGAUGAUAGUCAAGUCCACCUGGCAGAAAGUCCUGGCCUACGUUGAGGAGGAGAACUCCCUCGAGACCUUCAUGCAGCAAACUCCCGUCAGGAUAAUCGACCGCGUGUUGAGUCUUGGUGACGAUGUCAACCUCGUCAACUUCUUGGCUAAAAAACUAGAUCCAGACUUCGCUGAAUUCUUGGCAGGUGAAAUCAACCCCUUCCUCGGUCCCUUGAAGGACUUCGACAGUUUUUACAAUUUCUCUAAAGAAAACGGACUGAGCGGGAUCAUUGACUACUUCACAUCUGACAAAUUCAGUUACUCUGUGAACAUGUUGUCGCGAUUCGUGUCGGCAUACCUGGAAGACACAGUCUCAGACGAUGUUGUGAACCAGUACAUAGAAUUCAUCUCUUUCAACAACACAGAUCUGCACAAUUUCUAUAAAUCAGUGCUGCGGAGUCAAGGUAAGACUAUUGACACGGGCGACUCCGACGUGCAGCGCGACAACACGACGCUGCGAUACAAAAGAGACGUACUGCAGAAUAUCCCCAACAGCUAUAAAUUCAACGUCGCAGAUUCGGACCAAAUUUACUCCGACACCACCACCAACUCCGGCAGACAACUACAGCGGUACGGUGUGUUGGGCAAUGUCGGCAGCGCCAGCAGCCUCCUGUACGACCCCUCUCGAGAUGGUUAUGGAGGCGGGGGCGGGUACAGUAGCGGUGGUGGGUACGGCGGCAUGAACAUGAACUCUCUGGAUCCUUACGUCAUCCUGGGUUCACUGGCACUGGGAACCAUCUUAGGCUUCCUUUUGUUCCGCGCCCUCAGAGGGACAGGUGGUGGGAGACGUGAUAUCGGAGACGGGUCUUUGUCUCUCUGGCAGUCAGAUAUUCCCAGCCAGAUCCUUCCCUGGGGCACCAAUGUGGAGCGAAUGAAACGCCAAGUCCAGGAGAAGGGCGACGAGGAGUUCAACCUGCCUGACUCACUAAGAGGCGACGUCUGGUCCACUGAUCCUCUGGUCGGCGACAAUCUCCUGGCAGAAGAACUUGAAGAAGACGACAUCGCGGACCAGCUGAACCACCUGUGGAGGGUGUACAAACACAAGAACGAGACCGCCUGUGUUCAUUCUCACCUGUGUGGCGUCAUAGCCAACAGCACGGCGGAACAACUGACUGGGAAGGACUCCAGUAUGGCCCUGUUGAUGGCAUCGGUGAGCAAUAUGAUGGGUAUGAUCGGAUCAGGUCAGUUGGUGGAUGACGUCACCAAGAAUCUAGUGGUGGGGGACAUCUUCACCUGCCCAACCUUCACUAGCUGUCACCACCUGCUCUAGUUGGAUGACACCACCUGCUCUAGUUGGAUGACACCACCUGCUCUAGUUGGGUGACACCACCAGAUAUGCCACGAGGCAGCAAGUUACUGGGACACAGGCUACGAGGACACUGACUACAGACGACGAGGACACAUACAGGCUAUAGACUACGAGGACACUAGCUUCUGGCUGCAAAAAACGAUGGAAUUAAAGGAAGUACGAGAAUAAAAAAGGAAAGAGAGCCGGCAAUGCAAAAUUGACGCUAAACAAGUACACAUAACAAGAAAAGGUCGAAUGCAAGCACCAGAAACGUUUUCAAGUCAUCCUCAAAUGCAGAUAGCGAGCUCGAGCAAGAACUUAAGUAUGCAGGAACAUUUUCAGAAAGAUAUGGAUGUUCAAUAAGAUGUUGGACAAACAUUCGUAACAGGAGAAGAGGAAUUGUAAGCACCAGAAGGCAGAUAAAAUGAUGAGUAAACAGGUGAUUGUAAUACCGCGAGAUACCUGUCACCUAUAUGUGAUUUAUUAAUAUUAUAUAAACAUAAACAGAGGAAGUGUCACUCAACAUUCUUUUUUGUCAGGUAUCGCCAACACACACACACACACAGGAGGGAAGUGACAGAUAUUCUUGUUAGCAUCUUAGCAUCCAUACCUACUGUAUGUUUUACAUAUUCUCUUACUCGUCUGUCACACUCACUCUCUCACUCUGUCACACUCACUUUAACUCUCACAUACUCUCCCUAACUCUCACACACUCUUUCACUCUCUCACUCUACCAUACUCUCACACAAAGUACAUUGAAACAUAACUGUCACAACCGCCUUUUAACACUGACCUUACAUUCACAAAACAGUACAGCAUUUAACCAAAGAUACGAUACUAAGAUACACUCCCAGACAUAGUCCUUCCCCUUGACUUUAAAACACACGACUUCAACUAAAUUUACUCAUUAAUAGAGUAAAUUUUUGUUAGUGCAUUUGCAAGAGAACGAUUCAAUUAUGAAUAUAUUUUCCUUGAAGUUAUGUUGUCGAUUCAGUUUUACGUAAGUUUUGGUGAUCUAUGAUUGGUUGGUAAGGGAGUGGCAGUGGCUCAGGAACUCACUUAGAAACCAGCAGCCAAUCAGAGGCUCAGAGUUAUGCUGGUAGCUUGGAACGCCGACAGUGGAUGAAGUUGUUUGCAACAGAUAAUAUAACAUGAUAGGAAUUUGUUUGUCAAUUGCUGUAAUAUAUCCCGUAUAAAUAUUUGUAUUGCCAAUUCUCUGGGGAAAUUUUUUCUAAUUAUUUGCACCAAUGAUAAUUUUCCACCAAUUGUAAUGCUCCCGACUAUUGUUUUUUGCCUAAAAGAAUAGCCCUGCAAUGUUUUUCAAUAUAAAUUACAGAAAAAUAAAGUUUUAUAUGAACGUUUUCUUAUAAUUGUAAUAGAUUUAGUAAUUUAUUUAUUAUUUAUUCUGUAAUUAGUACCAUAUGUAGUAACAUUUAUUUUAUCCAUGUAUUCUAGAAUCCAUAUUGUCACUUAUCGGCAUUUCUUUUAUAAUUCGAAAUAUUUCUUCCUGUAAUUACAAAAUAUCAUAAAUGCAAUUUACAACUUUUUCCUGAACAUUUGAAAAUUUUCUUUAAUUUACUUUUAAUAUUUUUCUAAUUUUCAUGAUUGCAAAAAAAAACCCCUCUUACAUUGUACUUAAAACUGCAAUAUCUUCCAUACAACAUGUGUAAUUUGUUAUAUAUUUGCAAAAUCUUGACUGUAAUUUUCAAGAUUUUUAGUAUAGUUUGCAUUAUUGUUUUUAUUGUGAUUUGCAAUAUUACCCGUGUGAUUUAGAAAGUGUGGUGUCUUCCUCGGUUAUUUAUUAUAUUUUAUAUUAUUUAUUUUAUUAAUGUUUUCGCAAUUAUAAAAAUGUUAUGUUA